AUGUGGAAGGCAACUAUUGGCGUGAAACCACCGGUGCCAACAAAGCCAUCUGAUGAUGAUGAUUGGGAUACUGAUCCAAACUAUAAAGUAAGACAGGAUAAUUGUUGGUGGUGGUCAUAUAUGUUUAAAUGCUUAGCCUUAACAAAUAAUAAAAAGUCAUUUGAAGAUGGUAAUCUCUCUUAUAAUGCUUUGAGCAAUUGCUAUGAAGCUGUUUUGCUGAUUUUUUAAACGAUGUUAUUAACUACUAUUGCUGACUCCUUUGCAGUAACUUUAACACUUGUCUUUUAGAACGAUAUCUCAGAAAAAGAAGCCAGAUGGGGCUCGAAAGUAAUUCAAGGUUCCGGCCAUCAAGAUGCUUUGAAUAUGGCAGAACUGAGAGCUCAGGUAAUGAAGAAUGACGAGGUAGCUCGUGAAAAACGACUAGCUCAAAUGCCAAAGCCAAGCCAAGGUUACGGAGGAAAGUUUGGCGUAGAAACUGACAGAGUUGACAAGAGCGCUGUAGAUUGGUCUUACCGGGAAAAGACUGAAGCUCACGUCAGUCAAAAAGAUUAUUCACAUGGGUUCGGAGGAAAGUACGGUGUUCAGACGGAUCGUGUAGACAAAUCUGCUGUCGGAUGGGAAGAAAGAACCCAGCUUGAACAACACCAAAGUCAAAAAGAUUACAAACAAGGGUUUGGAGGAAAGUUUGGAAUUGAUGAACGGAAGGACAAGUCUGCAGUGGGAUGGGACGACAAGGAGAAAGUGCAACCUCAUGAAAGUCAAACAGGUUAGUGUAAUGUUAUUAGUUUUAAUGUUGUAACAUACUGGAUUAAAGCUUAAAUUUUAUACAUUAAUUUUUGAUUAUAAUAAAUUUAAUUUUUAGAUUACAAGAAAGGCUUUGGAGGAAAAUAUGGUGUACAAACAGAUAGAGUUGAUAAGUCAGCAGUUGGAUGGGAAGAACGAACUCAGCUUCAACAACAUGAAAGUCAAACAGGUAUGUAAAAGAAUGGUUUGCAUAUAUUUUUGCAUUUAGAUUACAAAAAUGGAUUUGGUGGUAAAUACGGUGUCCAGAAUGAUAAGAAAGAUAAGUCUGCCGUUGGGUGGGACGAGCGGGAGGUUAAGGAAGAAAAGAAAGCACCUGCGACAGUUCCAAAAGUAAAAACGGCAGACUUAAGAAGUCGUUUUGAACAAAUGGCGAAUCAGCAAAGUGAAGAUAAAGUUAAGGAAGAAAGGGAAAGAAGGAAACGUGAAGAUGAAAUGUUGAAGAAACAACAAGAAGCUGCCGAGCAAAAAAGGCAGCAAAAUUUAGCUGAACAAGAUGCGCAAAGGGAGCCUGCAAAGCCAGUCGAAAACAACUCCUUGCCAUCCAAGGUAACAGACAGUACUAUUAAAGUAGAUGAACUUCAAUAUAAACCGCCUCCAGCAAAGGUUGCUCAACCUGUAUCAGCUCCCGCUCCAGCUGUCGAAUUGGAGGAUCCAGUAGUUAACCCAGUUGUUGAACCGAAACAACAAUUCGAAGAUAAAACUUUGUCUCAAACUGUAGAUGAACAAAUUCCUGCCGAGCCUGAACCACCAAUGCACGAAGUUCGUAGAGAGAGUGUAGCUUCUAAAGCGGACGACGAGUGGGUAGACGAUGACACACCAACAGUUCGUGUUUUACCUGCUGCUGAGAUUCCAGCAGAACCUACCGAUAGUAAUGCUGGGUCCCAGUCCUACGAUUAUGUGCCUUGUGAGCCUAGUCAACCAUCUAGUAAUUAUGACUAUGUUCCUGAAGAACCUCCAGCUGUUCACUACGAAGCUGCUCCAGCUGAGGUACGUCAAGAAGUUAGCCAAUCAGUCGCCAGCGCUCAAGAAUCUCAAAGCUCUUAUGAAGAGCCGCCAAGACAAGAAGAGCGUAAACUGCUAGCAGUAGCUUUGUACGAAUACGAGAAGCAAGACGACGAUGAGAUUGGGUUUGAAAUCAAUGACAUUAUUACGGAUAUUGAACAGGUAAGCCUAGUCUACACUUGAAACUAAUGGUUGGAAACGCAUAACCUUAGAAAAAAACAUAAUAGGCAAGGUCUCAUUAAAAACUUUUAUUUUAGAUUGACGCUGGCUGGUGGCGCGGGAUGUGCCGUGGUCGUUAUGGGCUGUUCCCUGCCAAUUACGUUCAAUUACAACUAUAA